AUGUUGGGCAGUGAUGACUUCUUCUAUAUUGGAGGGAGUCCAAACACAGCUGAUCUUCCCGGAUCCCCCGUCAGUAACAACUUCAUGGGUUGCCUGAAAGAUGUUGUUUACAAAAACAAUGACUUCAAACUUGAGCUGUCCCGACUGGCCUCAGAAGGAGAUCCCAAGAUGCGUCUGAGUGGCGAACUCCUCUUCCGCUGUGAGAAUGUCCCUUCUUUGGACCCUAUCACCUUUCAGCUUCCAGAGUCAUUCUUACGCCUUCCACGUUGGGAAACGAAAAAGGCUGGCUCAAUAUCCUUUGACUUUAGGACAACAGAGCCCAAUGGUCUUCUGCUCUUCAGUCAAGGAAGACCUCGGGCAGUAGCCACUGGGAAACCAGAGAGACCGCCAAAGGCAGACUACUUUGCUGUGGAGUUGCUAGAGGGGACAUUAUUUCUUCUUCUUGACCUUGGAUCCGGUGGAGUUAAGGUUAAAGCAAGUCACAAGAAAAUUAACGAUGGAGAAUGGUGCCACGUGGAUAUACAGAGAGAUGGAAGGAAAGGCUCAAUCUCAGUCAAUAGCCGAAACACCCCAUUUCAGGUUGGAGGAGAGAGUGAGAUUCUUGACCUUGAUGGUGACCUGUACCUUGGAGGUCUCCCAGAACCUAGAGAAGAUCUUCAGCUACCCCCUGAGGUCUGGACAGCUUCCCUUGGUUUGGGAUUUGUAGGUUGUGUUCGAGACCUCUUUGUAGAUGGCAAAAGCAGGGACAUCAGACGCAUGGCAGAGUUAGCAGGUGUUUCAGGUGUUACUCCAUUCUGCACUCGAGAAACCCAACGGCAGUGCACUAAUGCCCCUUGUAGGAAUGGAGGUCAGUGUCGGGAGGGCUGGAACCGAUUUAUAUGCGACUGUGUGGGCACAGGAUACCUUGGUGACACCUGUGAGAGGGAAGCUGCGGUUCUGAGCUAUGACGGUAGUAUGUACCUGAAGGUUCUGCUCCCAGGGGUCACCCAUACAGAAGCUGAGGAUGUCUCACUACGUUUCAUGUCCCAACGUGCAUAUGGUCUUUUACUGGCGACCACUUCCAAAGAGUCCGCUGAUACUCUCCGACUAGAGCUUGACGGAGGCAAAGUGAAGCUCACCGUCAACCUAGACUGUAUACGGAUAGUGUGCGGUCCCAGUAAGGGCCCUGAAACCUUGUUUGCUGGACAGAAGCUCAAUGACAAUGAAUGGCACACGGUUCGUGUCCUCCGCAGAGGGAAGUACCUGCAACUUAGUGUGGAUAAUGUCACAGUGGAAGGUAAUAUGGCUGGUGACCAUACUAGGUUAGAAUUGCACUACCUAGAAACUGGUAUCAUGACAGAGAGGCGCUUCCUGUCUGCGCCACCCUCUAACUUCUUGGGCCACCUGACUGCUCUGCGCUACAAUGGUGCCCCCUACCUCGACCUAUGCCAAGAUGGGGAGCUUGGCCGUCGCUGUGAGCUGAAUGCCCGCGCAGGAGGUCUCCACCCACUCCUGGCAGACCCUGUUGUCUUUCGUUCUGGUCCUGCCCAUCUCGCUCUCCCGCGAUUGCAAGCUUACGCCUCUAUGCAUCUCCUCUUUAUGUUUCGUGGGCGACACCCUGAUGGGCUCCUGCUCUACAACGGAGGCCAGGGGCCUGACUUCAUUGCUGUGGAGCUUGUCAAGGGGUAUAUACACUAUGUCUUUGACCUGGGGAACGGCCCAUCUCUAAUGAAAGGCAAUUCAGAAAGACCCUUAAAUGAUAACCAGUGGCACAGCGUGGCAGUCUCACGAGACCCAGGAAAUGCUCAUACGCUGAGGAUUGAUGGCAGAACUGUUACACAACACUCUACUGGUGCCAGCAACCUAGAUCUAAAAGGUGAAUUGUAUAUUGGUGGCCUACCUAGAAAUAUGUACGCCUCGCUUCCUAAACUUGUGGCGUCUAGAGAUGGUUUCCAAGGCUGUCUUGCCUCUGUAGACCUCAAUGGCCGUCUCCCCAACCUGCUAACUGAUGCUCUCCAACGAGUGGGACCCGUGGAAAGGGGCUGUGAUGGCCCCAGCACGACCUGCUCGGAGGAGUCCUGUGGGAACCUGGGUGUGUGUUUGCAGCAGUGGGACGGUUUUACGUGCGACUGCACUAUGACAUCCUACGGAGGACCCGUGUGCAAUGACCCUGGCACAACAUAUAUACUUUGGGAAGCGGUGGAGCCCCUCAUCACAUACACCUGGCCUCCCAACGACCGACCAAGUACGAGGGCAGAUCGACUUGCCGUUGGUUUUACCACUCAACAGAAGGACGACGUCUUACUCCGAGUGGACAGUGCCUCUGGUCUGGGAGACUACUUGCAACUUCACAUAGACCAAGGCACAGUCGGAGUAAUAUUUAAUGUAGGCACGGAUGAUAUAACCAUAGAGGAACCAGGAGCCUUGGUUAGCGAUGGAAAAUACCAUGUGGUGCGGUUUACACGUAGCGGAGGCAAUGCUACUUUACAGGUGGACAGCUGGCCGGUGAAUGAGAGGUACCCUGCAGGUCGGCAGCUCACAAUCUUCAAUAGUCAAGCGGCCAUCAAGGUGGGUGGGAAGGACCAGGGGCGUCCAUUCCAGGGUCAGAUCUCAGGCUUAUACUACAAUGGGUUGAAAGUGCUGUCCUUGGCAGCAGAAAGUGACCCCAACAUCAAGACAGAGGGAAACUUAAGACUGGUAGGGGAGGUGCCAUCUGUCAUGACCACGGAAACCACAGCCACCACACUUUUGGCUGACAUGUCAACCACCAUCAUGGAGACAACUACAACUAUGGCUACUACAACAACAAGGAGAGGGAGAACAAACAUUGCAAUCGAUCCAAUUUCUGAUGACCUGGUAUACUCAGCUGAGUGCCCGAGCGAUGAUGAAGAUUUAGAGGAAUGUGAACCAAGUACUGCAAACCCUACAGGCUCUGGAGAAAAAGGCCCUCCAGGAGCAGUGGAAGUUAUCAGGGAGUCAAGCAGCACCACUGGGAUGGUGGUGGGUAUCGUAGCAGCAGCUGCUCUUUGCAUUCUCAUCCUCCUCUACGCAAUGUACAAGUACAGGAAUCGGGAUGAGGGGUCCUACCAGGUUGAUCAAAGUCGGAACUACAUCAGCAACUCAGCUCAGAGCAAUGGCGCAGUAGUUAAAGAAAAGACAGCUCCCGCAACCAAAACAGCUGGUAAAAGUAAGAAAAAUAAGGACAAAGAGUAUUAUGUGUGAGGGCAAUGAAGGGGCCCUCCAAAAUUUGGAGGUAAGGUUGGGCCAAAAUCCAACCAGCCAUUUAAUGGAGACACCAGACUGACCCCAUGCUGUGACCAAUCAUUGACUAAGCCACAGUGACUAAGCCCCAGGUCAAUGGUUGGCUGUCACCUAAACCAAUCAACCUAAUGUUUGAACAACUGCCAAAUAUUAAAACCCAAAUAUGGGUUGACCAAACAGUUAUUAUUGGUCAACCUUUUGAAUGUCGACCAAUUAGUCAAACCACAGUCAACCAAGGAAACUUUCAUGAUCAUAUCCACUGGUCAUCAAAUCACCAAGCAGUGGGUGAACAUUACAAAGUCUUCGGCCAGCUGACCAUUAUUUGAUCAUCUAAUGGGAUGACUGAGACAAAAGAGAGAUGACUCCCAUUUUUUAACAGUCCUCAUUGUAAUGUCUCCCACCCUUCUAUUUGAUCUUAACAAGGAAACAAACCUAUUGCUCUGUCCUUUUUCUGUUCCUCCUCCUAUCUUUUUGAGGAGAAAAAGCCAAGAUUUCCACUGACCUCUUGAGUUGGAACCUCUUUAAAACAUUAAAAAAGUAAAAGACUAGAUCUUGGUUCCUGCCAAAUGGUGGUAGUAAUGGGUAAGGGAGUAGUGUGGAUUUCUCCUUCCACUGACAGACACGCUGAAAGUAUGAAUGAUGAUCAUGGAUGGUCAACCAACUUUAGUCCUUUCAUAAAAUGGAGCCAUUGAGGGGAGAGGAUGCCAAUAAAUUGGGAGGACAUAUACUGAGAAAGAGACUCACUAAGCAAUUUGGUAAAGAGGGCUAACUGAACUUGUCUUGGUUAUGCUCUCCCCUCCCUCGUCCUUGUCCCCUUGACCUACUUUAUGCCCUCCUAAAGAUAAAGGUUAUUUCUAUUCUGGUUUGUGUGGUGUCGUCUUGAUUUUUUUGAACGCUGAGCCGUGCGUUUGACUUCUUCGUGGACUGAAUCUACUGCCCCGCACCCCAAAAACAAAAGAAUCAAAUCUUACUGCUCCAGGCUGUCUCCAGAUAUCCCUCUAAAUAAAAAGGACUGUUGAUACAGGGGAAGUUGGUACUGGGGCAAAAAGAGAGUAUCAGAAUAUCAAUAAAGCAGAUGUUACGGCCUUGUAUAUGAGUGUUGGGUUUCUUAAUGAAGAAGGGAAUUUGUGUUUCAGUUACAUUUUCUGUUACCAAAUUUCAAAUCAGGAUACACAUUGUCGUAAUGAUGAUAUUGUCAAAAUGCUAAAUAUUUAUAAAGAAAUUCUAAUCCUAA